AGAGCUGGAGUACGGGCUGAUGUGUUCUAAAGCCCAAAGAGUGCGAUGAAGUUGGGUGGGCUUGGAACUGGGCCUGCCGUAUCGGCUCCGAUGACGAAGAGGGCUUUCUCAUAAGGCCAGCGGCGGAGGCGAAGGUGGAGGCCGAGCCGUCACUAUUGCGGUGAAAUGCGACUCAAUCUUCUCGAGGUCAGACGAUCGUAUAUUGAAGCUCAAAUGGCGAUCAAUUCUGAAACGCCAAUUGUUACACUGCACUGUGGAAGAUUGUUUGUAGGUUAUACUUAUUAAAUCCUUCAGGUACUGCUGAUCCGAAACUUCUCCCAGAGUAAUGCUGAUUAUCUGAGAAAAUUUAAGGGCACACGUUGGAGAAUGCCAAAAUGGCCGAGUUUUCCAUUACGAAUUGGAGAUACGGAUACUUCCGCGACAGUAAAUGGCCUUCUGAAGCAGUUGAUAUCCACCACGUUGUUCUUAGGAGUAAGGGUGGUGGAAAGGGUUUCCUCUUGUGUAUUUUUGCUGCCCUUGCGUUCUGUUUUUUGCUACUCAAGGACCAAUCAAUCUUUGUCGUCUUUUGGUGCUUGGUCUUGAAUGUAUUCUUUGCCAAGAAGUUGUUCAGGGAAACGGUUGAAAAAGAGUCUGUUAUGGUUAUGCCAAAUUUUGGAGUCCAACUUGAAACUCACUAUAGGAGUGGAAAAGUCAUCUGUCGGUUUGUGCCUGUCGAUAAACUUCUAAAACCAGUUCUCCUUGAAUGCGUGACUCCAGUUACUUGUGACUGGAGCUUGUCUUUGAUUAUACAAGGGGAAGACAAGCUAUUGUUGGUUUUCAAGGUAAUUUUAUUGUUUAUUCGAAAUUUCCUCACCUGGCACAUGAGCUAU